AUGUCCACCUUUUCGGGCAUGUCGAAUCUGCCAUUCAUGAUCCUGGCGCAUGGUGGCAACCGCUCAACACAUCUGGCCAAACUACACAAAAAGGAGCCAGUCUUGCGCACAGGACCAAACAGCCUCUCAUUUGGCAGCGUGCAGGCCAUCAAGGACAUUUAUGGCCACGGGACCCCCUGCGUGAAGGAAGAGGCCUAUAUCCUCACUGCUGGCACGCAUUAUCACCUCGCCGACGUAAUCGACAAGGCCGAACAUGCAAGAAAGCGCAAGGUCUUGUCGUCGGCAUAUGCCCUCAAGAACUUGGAACGCUGGGAGCACAAGGUGGCGGACAAAGUUGACCGGAUGCUGGCUCAGAUUGACAAGCGCUGUUCCGCGCCGCUGCCCAAGGGUCAGAGCUACGCUGAUCCAAAGGAGUCGCUGGUCGACUUUCGCGCUUGGAUCAAUUUCUUUUCGCUCGAUGCCAUUGCGGACAUUGGCCUCUCCGAACACCUCAGUCUGCUCGAUCAGGGGCACGACCGGGUGGUCGCGCAAAGACCUGACGGGACGACAUUCGAGGUCGGCCUCCGCGAGUGCCUCUACCCCGCGGCGCGUAAACAGUCCCUCCUCCUGUGGAGCUACGACUACUACAAGAUUCUCGACAAGAUCUCCAACGUCAUUCCCUUCUACAGGAAAAUGUCGGAGUCGGGCGUCGGCUGGGAGGCAAUCGUGCUGCGACGCGCGAACCAGCGGCUCGAGCGCUACCGCGCCGGCGAGAAGCUCGACGACUUCUUUCAGGCGCUCAUGGAGGACAAGAACGGCACGCCGCAUGGCCUCGAGUGGGGUGAGAUCUUUGCCGAGAUCAACAUCAUGAUGAACGCGGGGAGCGUCACCACGGCCAUUGCCAUCACCAACGUCCUGUACCAGCUGCUGCGGAACCCGCGCGCCAUGCGCCUGCUCCGCGAGGAACUCGACGCCACGCUGGAACCAGAGGAGAGAAUCGCGCCAUACGACAAAGUGAAGCACCUGCCCUACCUGCGCGCCUGUCUCGACGAGUCUUUACGGCUCUUCCCACCCACCCCGCAGGGGCUGCCACGGAAGACACCUCCAGAGGGCAUGACCAUCAUGGGGCGUUAUGUUCCGGGAAACACCACCGUGAGUAUAUCCGCCCUGGUAGCUCACCGCGAUGAGACCGUGUUCCCCAAUGCGGAGCAGUUCCUGCCCGAGCGAUUCCUGGGUGAAAGCGGCAGGGCACUCCAGUCAUCAUUUAUAACCUUCUCCGCCGGCGCAAGAGGUUGCAUUGGCCGAAACAUUUCCUACCUUGAGCAAGUGGUGCUGCUGGCAUCACUGCUGCAUCGCUACGAGUUUGCCAUGGUGGAGGGGUUCGAGCUGCAGAGGCUAGAGACGAUGAAUCACAUCUUGGGGGCAAUGCCGCUCAAGGUUUGGAGAAGGGAAUAUCGUACGUAG